CGCACCCCCUUUACAUCCCUACAUCGCUACCUGUCGUGCCCAAUUCUCAUCUAUCCGUCUCUUUGGUCAUCAAGUCAUUUCGCCUUACUCCUCAACACGCGCACUAAGGACGAUUGCAUGACCGAGGGAGUGGUGCUGUGUUAAAUUUGGCUUUUACCACUCCGAUCAAUCGCUAUGCUUUAGUUAACCCGCCGAAUAUCUGUUGAACAUGAGCGCCGGGAUCGCGUGCCCUUCUAUGCACAUUUGCGGACGCUUCUUCUGGAAAGGCGAUGAUCGAUUUUUCGUAAGAGGUGUUGCAUACCAAGUGCAUUCUAUACUUGACCCCAUUUCUGAUGAUCGCCUCGCGGAACUUCGAGAAGAUAUUCUUCUCUUUAAGGAGCUCGGCUUGAAUACGCUCUUUGUUUAUUCCAUCAACAAUACAAAAGACCAUACCCAGGCUAUGAAACUACUUGAAGAAGCAGGGAUAUACGUCCUCACGGCUGUCUCAACAGCAUUGAAUUCUAUUAAUCGUCUGGCUCCAACCAAGUCCUACAACCCCGAAACCAUGACAUCCUUCUUCAAGACAAUAGAUGUGAUGGCUAGCUUUCCGAAUACGCUGGGUAUCUUGGCCGGUAACGAACUGAUCACCAAUGAUGCUACGUUGCCCGUAGCAGCUGUUCUAAAAGCUGUCUGUAAAAACUACGACUUGAAGGAGCUUUCGGAUGUGACUCGACUUGUGUAUGACGACUUGCUUCACAGGUUCAGCGGCACCUCCAUACCGAUAUUCUUGUCAGAAUACGGCAACAAAUCUAAGAAAUUCCGCCUUCUCCACGAAACAACUGCCUUGUACUCAUCCUUAAUGAGCCACAUCUUCUCUGGUGGAUGCGUAUAUGAGUUUUGGCAGAAUGCGAAUGGCUAUGGGUUAGUGGAGAUGCUGAAACAUCAGGGCGACAAGCAAACCACGCACACUGAGAGUACGAUAUAUGAGAGACAAGAGACGGAUAGGGGAACUUUACUUAUUCUGAGAGAUUUUGUCAACUACAAGGCCAGAUUGGCUGAGGUUGGUAACAUCGGAGUAGAAAUUGAAGAAGAGAGUACUGAAACCGAAAAAGAACAACGGAAGACUGGUGCGGAAGUUACCGGACUGUGGCAGGCUAAUCUUCACGUGCCAGAAGGCUGUGUUGACUGGGUUUCAUCAAGGGAACUUAUGGAAGGAUAAAAUUUACAUAGUAAUUUAGUCAAGGUGCUGGGAGG